AUGCAAAAAAAUUCACAUGAUGUAAUUGAAAAUGAACUGCAAGCUGAGAAAGUUCUGAAUGAAGACAGUACGAAUAUAAGGACCAGAGUGAAUACAUUACCUGAAGAGAUGCAGAUUGAUACACAAUCUACCACAGCUGAAGAUUUGUCAGAAAAAAAUACUGAUUCUGAUUUGGCUAAGUUUCGGUGUCAAUUAUGCCCUAAAGGAUUUAAGCAUCCAACAUCUUUAACUUUGCAUAAAGAUUCACAUGCAGGAAAAACACAAUGUCCGCUGGGACGGGGUGGCACACGCGAGGGCGGCGGGGGUCGGACGGGCUGCGCUCAAUACGCGCGCGCGCCGCGCAACUCACGGAGAAAGCGCAUACAGUCGAGAUUGCUUUGCAAAACGCCGCGCGACGGCGCAAUGGGGGUAUUGAUCGGCGGCGGCGGCGGGUCGCGAGACGCCGGCGUUCCCGCCUGCCGCCUAAAUAAAGCUCGCAUGUGUGCCGCCCUACGUCGAUGCCGUCGCCUCCGCCACCGCCGCUGGGCCGACGCG